AUGUCCCUUCUAAUCCCCCAACUCCCCAUCCUCUCCGCCAACGAGCCCGACAUUCUGGGCCUCCCAUAUCCCAUCCGCGACCAAAUCUACACUCUCCUCUUCACAGACGCUGAAAUCGUCGUCCGCUGCAGAGACGCAUGUUGUAACUUCCUAACUACAGUCCCUGCAAUCAGUCGUCCUUCCAUUUUCGCAAUCGCCCAGACAUCCAGAUUGCUAAGGCAGGAAGCAUUACCGAGACUGUUCCACCUAGCGAUUUUCGAUAUCGGCCGGCUAAGGGGGCAUGCCAAGAGCGGUGAGGAUGGAGAUAGAGCUAGGUUUGGGGCGGCCUUCAAGGAUAUGCGAAGGAUGUGCGCGCCGACUUUUUUGCUGCCGAAACUAGGGCUAGACUUCGAGAAAUUUGUCUGGUCGAUACCACCCGAGAUUGAUAGGGGGGGUUUGAGGGAGUUGAUGGUGGUGGAGACGAUUUCGGCUUGUCAUUGUGAUCACGUGCCGCUGUCGGAGACGUUCAAGUGUGAGGUUCAGACAUCUGAUGGAAAGUUCGUCCGAGAAAUCAUCAAUAGUGUAAAAGAAAUGCCUUUCUCUGUGUCUUUCAACAUAGAGCUGAGAGAGCAUUGUACUGCGUGGGCAAGCACAAUCUUCUCCAUAAGCCCAACCUUAGAUUUCCGCAUCACAGAGUGGAGCAAUUACUACAGCCUGCACACUAUGAUCCUGCAAUUUCUAGAAGAUGUUGGGCUUGCAGAUAAAUUGAUAGAAGUUGGAAAGAGAGUGGAAGAUGAUGAGCGCCAGGGGAGCGAUAUUGAACGAGGCGAGCAGGUAAGUGAGGAGGUAGAUGUGAGCUCAAUUUGAGAAGACUAUCUGUAGCCUUGCAAGGAGGGGAUUACUUAUAAAAGAAGUUAUGUAUUGUGGACUGAGAGCCUGAG